GUUUUCUGAUCUCCGCCAGGCUUCAGCUGGGUCUGUCAAGCGCUUGUAUGUCGAAAAAUUCGCCGAAAGUGAUUGAAACUAGAGCCUGAUGUUUGAAUGCUGUAAAGAUGCAGUCACUUCACAUUCUCCGUAGAUCUUUCCAGGCCUUCAGAAGAAUUGGUGCUGUGCCUGUAUAUCGAUUGAGAACAGCAUAUCCUUGUGUACAACUUUUGAAUUACUCUGGUUCUCCAGCUACGACAGUGUCCUCCCCAGAUGAAUUAAGUAGCCAGGCAAGGAUCCUCGUAACUCUAAAAUCAAUAAAAGAGGAUUUAAACACUAUAGAAGCUUCUGAUGAGGACAAAAGUGAAAAGCAAAACGCACGGGCCCACUUCAUAUGUGAACAACUACAAAAACUGCUCAAGUCCAACAGAGAGGAUAAAAUAUCCGCUAAUGGUAUCCAUGCAAAACAAGUUCAGCAGCUGUUCAGAUCAAUAAAAUCAGAUGCAAAUCACCUGUCCGCUCAGAAUGUAAUCGAAUGUGUCGCAGCAUACGUCCAGCUUUCUUUGGCUGUGUGUUGUAAUAAUGAGGCAGAGAGGAACGAUUGUCUCAACCUCGAGGAAUACUGCAAGUUUGAGGUGCAGGUAAAAGAUAACUUGGAUUCCACAUCCUUGCAGCAUCUGGUGAUGCUUUAUAACACAUUUUUUGAAUGCCGGCUGAGGCACCCACAAACUGUUAUCUUCUAUGCUUGUGAGAAGUUACUAAGAGAAAGGGUACCCAAAGUAACACAACUAGAUGAACUUAUUUCAUUGUGUGAAUUGGUGAAUGACAGUGACCAAAAACAGCUGUGGGAAUCUGUUGAAAAUCGUGUCAGUCUGUUCUCAGAUAAGAUGUCCAUUCAGCAGCUAACAUCUUGUCUACAUUCUCUGGUCAAUAGAAAGUCUCCCAGUAAGGCUAGUAGACAACUUCAUUCUAAGCUAAUCAGUCAGGUUCUUGAACAUGAGGCGCCAUCCCUCCAAGUCCGUCACCUUUCAUUCAUUACGUGGACCAUGAAGAAAGUUGGCGUGCCUGAUGCAGGGGUACUGCAAAAAUUGUGCGAAAAAAUCAUGCAGACGAAAUCGAGAAGAAACAAUGAUAAAUCAGGGAACGACACAUUGAAGUUGUGUUACCUAUUGAGUAACCUGGACAGAUUUCAAUGGGCCCAAAAAGAUGUGUUUGAUUUGGUUGUUGCCAGGUUACUGAACUUGCACUCUGCACAAUUGGUUGACCCUGUCAGACUGGUUUUGAUUAAUGCUGCAAAUCUCAACAUUCGUCUCGCUGAAAGCCAACAACUUAUCAAAAGGCAUAUAACUUCAAAGAAAAAGGUCAAGGAUGUAUAUGAACGCGUUCAUUUGCUUUGGGCCUUCUCUGUUAUGGGCAAGCAGGGUAUGGUUUCUAAAGAAAUAGAGGACUUGUUCAAUCCUAACUUGCUAAAGUCUGUUGAAGAGGAUAAACCUUUGAAGGUUUUGAAGCUCUUGAAAAAUCUGCGUGACAUAGCCAUGACAGUGGACAAGCCAUUGGGCUCCCUCACGUUCUUGUGUGAAUUAAAGAGAUUGGAAAAACAAAGGAAAAGUAGCAAUUUUGAGAAUGGUGUCUAUCAUAUUAUUGAAAACAACCUUCCAGAGGGUUCUUACUGCAAAAAUGUUAUAACCCCAGCAGGACACAAAAUAGAUAUUGAACUGUAUGUAAAUGACAGGGGUGAAGCUGUAGCAAUGAAAGACCAGACGACCGGCAUACACAGGAUUGCACUGAAAACAAGGGGAUAUUUUACUAUGUCCAAGCCGAACAACCUUCCCUUAGGCUGGGUAAUGAUGGAGAACAGAAACCUUGUCAAAGAAGGCUACACAUUAUUAGAGAUUCCACACUAUGAGUGGUUGAAGCAUAGCACAUCAGAAACCCGGCUUGUCUUCAUUAAUGAAAGAAUAAAGGAAGCUGUCCAGUCCAAAACACAGACAGAUACUUCUAGAAAGAGAGUGUUUUAAGUCAAAAAUUAGUUCAAAAGAGUGGCUUUCGAUUCCUAAGCUUAAAUACAGGAAAUGUAGCUGUCAGGGUUUAAAAAACGAAUAGGUUAAUUGUUAGUUAUUUUAUAUCUUGUAAAGCCAUAAAUCUGGAUAUUUUUACGAAGGUAAAUUUCUCGAAAAUAACUUUAUUUUUAUUUUUACUGAUCUCCUUUUUACGAUAUUUGGACUAUACACAAACACAUGACUGCCGUAAAAUUGACAUGUUGACCCACGGUCUAAAAUUUGUAAAACGUACUAGUCAUGAAAUGACAUAUUCCACCAGCAUCAGACUACUCUAUUGUAAGCAAUUCAAAAAAGGUAGAAAGGUACACUCACGAGUAUGAGUAGAUAUUGAUGCUGACUCCCCCCCCCCCCUUCUAAUAGAAUCUCCUUUGGUGAAUAGGACUUGACAAUUUUAGAGGUAAUCCACCCUACACUACAACAAUAGACCCUUCUAGAGUUUCACUGCAGGCUAAGACCUUGCCAGCUUUUGUAAACACAUUCAUUGUAAGCUGGCAUUUUAAAUGUUCAAGAUAAUUUUGGUUUAUGUGUUACAGUCCUUCAAUUUGUACAUGUUAGAAAGCAAAAAUGUAACCACCAUAAAUCUAUUCAGAUUUAAGGCACCUACUGGAGUAAAAGUGUUUAGUUAUAGGGGCCCUGGGGUCUGAAAAUGGUCGUAACCUGGGUUAAAUGCUUAGCAUGAUUUAUAAUUUUGUGUACAAACAAUCUUCUCGGGUCUGCAAUUGUUAGGAUGUUGAUAUUUUAUAUAAAGUCUGGCAGAUAAAUAUACAAUAUGUAUAAUUGCUGAAUUCAGGAACAUACCAUGACCAAAGGGGAUUGAAUUUGAUAAAAUCAGUACGUUUAAUGGGCUAAGGACACCUGUAGGAUUUCAACAGGUACCGGUAUAUGUAUACUAUACAGUCAAUACUGUUAUACCUGUACCAUGUAAGGAACAAAAGUGGUCAUGCUGAAGGCUUAAGGUUCAACAGGUUGAAGAUAUUCUAACAAAUGCAAUUGACAGAGCUGGCAAUUAAUAGAAUGAACACAUAUUCAGCAUGAAAGACAAAAAUAGCAACAAAUGAGAAAACAACAAGGGGCUAUUUCAUUCAUUGUGACGUUAGAAUGGCCUAUUUUUGUUUAGAUUUUUCGACUCCUGGAACCAAGGAAAUGAUGCACUCCCUAGAUGCGCUCUGUUCAAUUUAAGAUACAUGUAUAGUGUUAGUUUUAAUAUUUCAAGUGUAAAGUGCUGAAAAGGAGGUGAGUGUUGCAUAAAUGGGUGAACUAAAAAGGGUUCUUGCAUUUAAAGUCACUUUGUUUUUGUUAAGAGAUAUUUGCAUGAAUUCAUAAGGGAAUCAUUAUGCAAAGUCUAUUUUUCAUAGAUUUAUAUUAAUUUCAUAGAUAAUUACUAUCAAUAUUUAAGGAUUAAUUUGAAUAUAUUUUUCAUGUUAUGGAGAUA